AUGGGUUGUGGUGCAUCUGUUGUAAAAGGACCCGGUAACCGGAAGAAAUCUUCAAAACCUAUUGGUCAACAAUCAAUAGUUCAAACAGCGAUUAUUGAAGCUGUACCUAUCAUGGCUUCAUUACAAAGUCUGAUGGCACCUGGUGAGCAUACAGAAGAUGAAGCAACAAAAAGGGUACACGUCAUAGAUAUAAGUGGUGGUUCAUUUCCGGAAAAUUUUGAGGGUCAUAUUGAAUGUAACGAUAUUGUUGAAUUUACAACCAAAGGAACAGGUGCUUUCGACGUCGUCGAAGUAUAUAAAGAUGGUGAUGAUUAUUAUCCAGCAGUAAAUGGUUACACAUUGCGUAACAUAAAAAGUCGUUCACCAGAAAAUGAUAGACGUCUGAUAUUUCCGUUUGCUCUGACUCAAUCUGAUAUUGAAUUAUAUUUUUGUAUUAUUCCAUCAUUGCAACGACAAACAAUAGAAAAAACACGUAAAUGUCCAAAGGCUUAUUGUGAAAAAAAUACUCUUAAAGUUCACAAAGCUGAAAUAAAGUUUUCUUUGACGGAUGAGAAAGAAGAUCAAAAAAUUUAUUUACACAAAGGUGAAAGCAUCGAUAUUGAAUGGAUAACAACACGAAAUCCUGGUUACCGCAUUGAAGAAAAAAAAUAUUGUCCUGUAUCUGAUGGCCUUUACACAGUUGAUCGAUCAUCUGAUAAUGUAUCUACUCGGUAUUUAUCUAGAGGCAAAUUUUCUAAAACGUUCACUGAAUUGGGCAUGUCAUUUCUAUGUCGUAUGAAUGAUAAAAAUCAAAUUCAUGAUAUAGCUGCUUGUAUUGUUCGUGAAACAUUUAAAGUUAAGCAUAUCGAAAUAGCUGAUGAUAAAAUUGAACCAAAUAUUAUUUGGGUACAACAAAAUGAUUUGGUUAGAUUUGCUUGGAAGGGAAAGCGUAAACAAACUGUUGUACAAAUUGAACCAUUUACUGUUACUGAAAGUAAACAACAAUCGAUUGAGCUUAAAACAAGCGAUGAAAACUUUUUUUGGCCGCAUGAACCAUCACGUCAUGGUUGUAUGUAUCAUCAAUUUGUUGCAACAGGAAUAUAUUGUUUUAAAGCUGGCGAUAAUCAAAUUGGUACAAUCAUUGUUGAACCUCAUAGAAACAUUUAUUCAAUUCAAGUUUUUGGUGAUUCAUAUACUCAUAAAGUUAAUACUAAUGAUUUCAUUCAAUUUCAUUGGAAAGCUACCGAUGCACAAGAAGAACUAUUACAGAUUACUAUGGAUUCAAAUUCAUCUGUCGUACCAGAUAUUGCUGGUGGCCUUACUGGAGUCUUUGAUUGUGCUUUACACAAAUGUAAUAAAAUCGAACAAAUCUUUCGUCAAUAUUUUCAUACAUGCGAAAUAUAUCUUUUAAAUAUUCCUCAACAUGGUCUCUACAAUUUUGCUUAUUCCGACAAGCCAGAGAAAUCUCUUAUCAGUGUUAUUGUUGAAAAUGGCGUUGACAAUCACCGAGUUGCAUAUAACGAAGAGAAUUCGUUCGAACCCAAUCCAUUAAUAGUAAAUCGUUUUGAUCAAGUUUGGUUUGAUUCGUCAUCAGCAACUAUUGCUGCUAUUUAUCGAACAGACGAACUCGGCAAUCCAUAUGAAUUAGAAAAACCGCUGUUUCAACCGCAACCAAAUAGUAUUAAUUAUUACAUGCAAGAAUUUCAAGCUUUAGGGGUUUAUUAUUUUUCAACCGAUAUUAAUAGCAAUAAUAAAAAGAAACAGGAACAAAAGCCAACUCAACCAUUAGCUAUAGUUGUGAUACCUGAAAUUCGAUUUCAUUACAGAUCAAUUGGUAAAGAUAAUUUUGAUAGUGAUCCGAUCAUAACAAAUAUAAAUGAUUUUGUUAUUUGGCAAUUUAACGAAAUUAUUUCUCAUCGAUCUGUACAAUUAGCACCAAAUGAAACAUACGAAGAAUUAAUAGGCUGCCACGAACGAGCUAUUCCUGGAAGACAUAGACAAUGUCUUGCUAUUGAAUGUACUAUUCCAGGAACAUUCUUUUUUGCUAAUCCAGACUUUGAAAGAGUCAAUGGUUCAUUGGAGAAUCGUCUAUUAUCAACAAUUAUUAUUGAUCCACCGUUUAGUCAUAACUGUUUUGUUACAAGUGGCCAUGGCUUUGUUCCUCAUGUUUUGCAUAUCUCAGAGAACGAUACUGUGUCAUGGGCAUUAUGUAACAAUGAAAAAAAUCAUCAAAUUUCUGUACAAUUGGGUGAAGCUGACGAAGGACAAGAUGAAGCGAGUUUUGUUGACUUGAGUAUUGCUCAAUAUGUACCUGGUGUUUAUCAUUUGCACACAUUUAAAAAACAAGGACAAUAUACUGUUCGAUCCAAUCGGUUUCACAGCACAGCAACUGUAUUUGUUUAUUCAGAAACUAGCAUUCGAAAUGAAAAGAGACAACUUCAAGAACCUAAAAUCCUCGAAGAGAUUGAUACUGUUAAUGAGUUUGGUAAACAAAUUCAUUUUACUUGCCCGAAUCGAAAUGCAAUCCUUUAUUAUACUCUCGAUGGUUCAAUUCCAACCCGACGCUAUGAGAGUGUUUUAAAAUAUGAUCCAAAACAAGGUGUCUGUUUGGUGGAAUCGGGUUUGCAUAUUUUACGUGCUUAUUCAACUGAAGAUAACAGACUAUCGAGUGCUAUUAUAACAAGCAGUCCAACUUUUGUUAUGGAAAAUAAAGAAAUUGAACGAAUGAAAGAACGUCGAAAAGCAUGGAGUAAUACGAAGAUAAAAUUGUCGGUUUCGUUAGAACUUCCAAAUAAAAUUUAUGGAACCAUAACAGUUGAAUCAACAACUACAAUUGAUUUUAUUGAUCAUUUUGAAUUAUGUAUCAAUGAUGUUGCACAAAAAGUAAAUAUAAAACCAGAAGAAUUAGAAUUUUCAGCACAAGGCUUUGCUGCUGGAGAACAAUAUGAAGUAUUUGUCACUGCUCAUGCAACAGAUGAUAUUUCUGAUGUCGAACCGAUUGCAUCAAAUAAAGGAGGAUUUGAAAUACAACGAGAAUAUGAAGGUGGUGGGCCAUUAAUUAGUUUAGCUGUAUCACAUGAUCAAAGUACAUUGCUUUUAAUGUGGGCACAUAUUGGUGAUCAUGUUACUGAAUAUAUUGUUUAUGUUGAUGAUGUUGAAACAAAAAUUAUUACUGACCGAGAUUUCAGCGAUUUCUUUGCUAUUCAUUUUCAUAGUGCGCAGCAACGUAGAGAAUAUGUACUGCGCGUUGAAGCAAAAAUUAAAGAUAGCACUGAAAAACGUAAAUCAAAUGAUAUCUUUGUCACGCCACCAUUAGAUCUGCCAGUUAAGAACCCUGCGCUUGAUCGAUAUUUUCCUUAUAUUAUAAUUAACGGCGAGAAAACAUCACAUAGUGCUCAUCCAACAAAGGGUUCGGAUCGGUUAUCUUCUUCAAAAUUAUCUAUCAGAAGUUCUUCUUCUCUUCCGCCUUCUUCGCGUUCUCCUGCAGCCUCUUCGCGGGCAAAUAUUCAUAUAACUGAUUUGAACAAAUCAUCAGUAACUUCGAACGAAAUCGUCCGUCAUCAACAUGACGAUAAUCAUGAUGAUAAAACUAAUAAAUUAACAGAAGAAGAAGAAGAAGAAGAAGAACGGCCACCGCAAUCACCUAUUUUCGAUGACACAUCCGUCAUAUCAGUAAAAAUUGACAAAAAAGCCGAAUAUACCACCACUACAGAAAACCGAAAUAAAAAUUCCAUUUUAUCUGAAGCAGAUAAACAUCGAGCACAAAAUCUUCUUGAAAAAUUAACACAAGCAAUUGAAAAUCGUUCAACAGAACGAGAUUUAAAUUCGACACAUACAAAUAAUUCAUUCGUUCGUGCUCAACGUCAGAAAGAUGAUCAACUUCUUUUACAAAGAUCAUCAACAUCUACUCAUGAUCCAUUUACCGAUAGACUUCCACCGAAACCCCGACGACGUUCAUCAACACUGAAUAAAACCGUUGGCCUCGCUGGUCUUCAAUAUCGACGUCCUGAAGCAAAUCGAAAAAUUGAAAGUCUACCGAUUACAAAUGGUUUACGCAAAUCUGUACCAACAAUUGUAUACAAACGUAAUCCAAAGGGUAUUACUCUAUUUUGGAAGAUAAAAUCGCCAGCCAUGUCUGAGCAUGUGCGAUCCUAUCGAAUUAUGGUUGAUCAGGAACCAUAUGGAAAACUAAUAGAACCAGAUGUCGAACCGAAAUUUCAAAUAAAUCUUGCACCAGGAAGACAUAAAUGCCAAGUAGAAGUCUUACCGAAGGAGAGCAACGAUGAAGUCUUCAAAACAAAUACUCUCACAAUUGACAUUCUACCUGAAAGUGGCUUAAAAUACGAACGUGCACAACAGAGAGAACCAUCUGAUAUUCCUGUUAAUAGUGUUCUUGAACAAACAGAUGCCCCGGUACCAAAAUUAAAUGUGCAAACAAUAAGUCCAUCGUCAAUUCGUGCACAAUGGUAUUUAGAUCGAGCAUUACCAACAAAUGUAUUUGUUGCUCUCUUUGAACUUCAUAUACGUGGUCAAGACUUUCCAGAUCAUAUGAGAAGUGAUGAAAAAAUAGAAAAGGAUGGCUACACAGAGCAUGCUUGGUAUGUAGUAAAUGCUCCACUUGAAAUCCAAGGCAUUUCGGAAGAACAGGAAUAUACAUUUUUUGUUCGAGCUUUAUUUCAUGCUUACGAAUCAAAUGAUUUAAAUUAUGUUACGACAACAUCAGAUGAAGUCAUAACACAAAAUUAUCAUGGACUUAUUGAAUUGUUGACUCGACCAUUAUUACAAGUAGCCAGUAUUGGAUUACAAAUGGCUACUUUAUCAUGGACACUUGAUAGUUCUGUCGAUCAAUCAUUAGUUAAAGGAUAUCGUAUAUUUCUAAAUUCAAAACCAACUGAAAUUCUUCUACCAAAUCAACAUGAAUACGAAUUCCGCAAUCUCAAGCCAGGUACCAGCAAUGAAAUACAAGUAUCUGUUACGUCUGAUCCAGAUUUUGUUGCUGAGAAGACCUCUGAACCUAUACGUCUUAUAUGCCCUCAACGUCCUCAAGCUCCAACAAUUCAAGCAAUGGAAGCUGAGAAACCGUUUUCAAUACAAAUACAAUGGACUAUAAAUAAAGAUGAACAAGAUGUAAUUACUUCAUUUAAAAUUUUUCUCGAUGGGAAAUUACAUGGUGUAGUAGAAACCAAUGGACGUCAAUCAUUUAAAUACGACUUUCUUAAAUUAAAAUCUGAACAAACUUAUACAAUUUAUAUAAAAUCUUUCAUCGAACAAGCAAAGCUUGGUGGUUAUUCUUAUCAAUGUGAAAUAGAAUCAAAUGCGUCCAAUGAAUUAUCGUUGAAAUGUGCUACUCCACCCAAAGGUACAAUGCCAAGAAUCGAAAGCAUGGAUUCAAAUGGUAUUGCAAUUGUUUGGGAUCCACCGGCUGAAUAUGGAGAUGUGAGAUUAACUGGAUAUGAAAUAUUAAAAAAUGGUCGAUCUCUUGGAAAAUCCUUGUCAACUGAUAAACAACGGGUUUUAAUUAAUGAUUUAGAAAUUGGAAAUCGAUAUUCAUUCCAAGUUGUACCAAUAACAAAUCAACCAGGCGGUAUUUUACUUCGAAAAGGAGAUGAGUAUGAUUCUGAUCGUCACAGUCAUUAUUUACCAGGACCAAAGCUAGAAGUAGAAUAUACAGAUUUAGUUCUGCUUCCAAAACGAUUUUGGAUCGAAAACAUUACUGGACAUUCUGUUAUAGCUUGUUGGUCUCCAAUUGAUGAAUCGAAGUGUUCAAGUCAACAACCAGAUCAUUAUAAACUAUCAAUAUGGAAAGAUAGUGAUUCAACAUCUGAUACACCUAAAGUUGUUGAAUUACCAAACGACAAGACCGACGUAUCUUUGAAAAGUCUUCAAUCCAAGACAAUAUAUAAAAUUCAAUUAGAAGCCAUAAAAAGACGACGUCAUCAAACUUCUAAUGACUCGUACAUGUUGUCGGCGAAAUCAGAAAUAUUAACUUGUGAAACUGGUAGACCACCGGAUGUACCAUCAAAUAUUUAUCGUAUUGCUUGUACAAAUACUAAUGCACGUUUUAGUUUUGAUGCAUUCACUGAACGUAAUGCUGAAAUAAUAGCAUUACGUGUUAAUUAUAAGCCAACGUCUACUGAAACAAAUCCUAGAGAAAUUUCAAUGGAUAUACCACCUGAUUCUACAGAAUUUAUUCUAUCAAAUUUAAUUGAACGCACAGAAUACGAAGCAACUAUUUAUGCUCUAACUGAAGAAUAUUUAUAUGAAAAGCAUUACCAAGAUGUUUCACGAUUGCCACUAAAGUUAGAACCAUCGGAUUGGCUAUCAAAUAAAAGUUUCCAAUUUCAAACCAGUGGAUUUGAACCCGUCAGUAAAAUAAAUAUUAAACGAGCAAACACUGAGUUAAUAGAACUUGAAUGGACAUUGCCAAAAGUUUAUGGUUCAACAAAAUAUAUUUCUCAAGUACUUCGUUGGAAGUUAGAACAUGGUGGUGAAGAACAUAGUAUUAAACUUGAUCGAAAUACGAAACAGUAUACAGUACAUGAACGAUUGCCAUCGGGUUCCUAUAAAAUUUCACUAGAUUCAUAUUUAAGUGUAAAAGUAAAUCUUGAAGAUGAUAAUGAUGACACAAAUCGAAAAGAACUUCGCUUAACAACAACUGAAACAGCAUCAGUGCGCUUUCAUGCGCCAGUUACAUGUGAACGGCCAGAAAUUUAUUUAACGGGUUAUACAACAGAUACCAUUGAUUUAGAAUGGAAUAAACCAAAUUUGUUUAGUAUUAUUGAUCAUCCAGAAAAAGUCAAUGAACAACUUAAAAUACAUCGUCGAUUACUUGCCUAUCGAGUUGAGAUUAAUGGAAGACAACAAAAUAAAUUAGAGGGGAACCAAUAUAAAUGUACAUUAACUAAAUGUCAGCCAGAUGAAGAAUAUAAAGUUCAAUUAUGUGCACAAACUAUUGUUCAAUAUGAAUAUAUGGAUAAUAUGAUAACAAAUGGUACAGAUGAUUCUGACGAACCAGAUGAACUUUUGUCUAAACCAUUAAGAGUUCGAAUGUUAAAGAGUCAAGAUCUACUUCGUUCAUUUCAAGCUAAUUUUGAAUUUAAUCAUAAUGAUUCAAAUGAAAAUAUAUUUCAAAGACAAAAUGAAAUGAAACCCUUAGGAAAAAUCAAUGUCAAAUGGGAGGUAUCAAAUUCGAAAAAUAUUUUACAUUAUAUUCUUCAAUGGCAUUCAUCGAAAGAUUUAUAUAUUCAACAGAAAAUUGUAAAAAACGAUGAAACAUCAUCUACUAUAGAUGCAUUGGAUGAAAAACAUCUUUAUUCUAUUGGCAUCAUUAUUGUUACCAAUGACAACCAUAGAUUGUCAUAUGAAGAAUUAACUAUACCAAUUCCAGGUGAACCAGAUGCACCAAACUUAUGGCUUGUGAAAACAUCUGAUACGAGCUUCAUUGUCGAAUGGUCUGAACCAAAAUUAUAUGGUAUACCUGUUAUUGGUUUUCAAUUAUAUAUUGAAGGUAAAAAGAAAGAUGAUAUAAUUCAAGUUAAUUUACGUCGUGCUGAAAUUCCAUCACGCAUUAAUCGUUCAUAUCAAGUCACUGUAUGCGCUUUAACAAACAAUCCUUCACGUCCACGUUCUGUCAUGUCUGCAACAUUAUCUGUUAUAACAACACCAACAACCAGUCUUAUUCCAACAAUGUACUAUGACAAUGACGAUGGAAAUGCGACAUCAUUUGAUUGUAGUGUAGCACGAAUUAUACCCUUAACUAUUGAAUCGGUCAACGAGGAAAAACUUCAUAUCGAUUGGACAUCAUUUUUACCUACUGAAGACGUACGAUCUUAUUAUAUUCAUUAUACAUGUUUGAAUAAUGGAGAAGUAAAAUCAAUGAAAGUGUCGAAACGAUUUCGCCAUUCUGUUUUACGCGGUUUGAGACCAGGUUUCACGUAUGGAAUAUCUGUGAUAGCUGUUAAUAAAACUAAUGGUGUUUUAUAUACAUCAGAUAAAAGUACUGUUCAGAUGAAUGCUCCACCAAAUGCUCCAAUUGUUGCUAUAAGUGAACGUACAACAGAUCAUGUUAAACUUGAAUGGCGUCCAGCAGCAAGCUAUGGUGAAAUUACUGUUGUUGGUUAUAAAAUCUUUGUUAAUAAUCGUUUAGCAGCCAUUCUUGCACAUGAUCAAUUAUCAUACACAUUAACCAACGGUCUACCGUGUGAUAUAUAUAUAGUACAUGUUCAAGCAUUGAGUAGUGACAAAAAUGUUCUUAGUCCAAUGUCACGUGAUAUCAAGUUUGCAUGGCCUGGCGUUAAACCGGGCGCAUUCAAACGUAUUGAUGACGGACAAACAGGAUCUGUCAUUGUUGUUUGGGAAAAUCCUCAAUUAGAAGACGAAACAGAAAGACUGCUUGGAUAUAGAAUACGUUCGGAAAAUGUUACAACACUUGCUGUUCGUUCACAUGGUGAAUAUGAUGCUGCUACCAAUCAAGCGACAAUCCAUAAUUUAACUAGUGGGAAAUAUCGUCUUUGGCUUGAAAUUCAAACUGAGAAUCAUUGCGUUUGUGCUCGACCAAUUAUAAUUGUAUCUGGUCGAUUUGGUUCACUACGUAAUCGUGCAUCAUCAUCUGAUGCAAGUAAAUGCUACAUCAAAAACCAAAGACGAUUUCGUUCACCAGCCGUCAAUAACAUGAUGCCUCCAAUUCGUCAUACUCAAUACUCAUAA